CUGGGGAGCUUUUUUCCGCUGUUGAGUCAGUGGGAGAACCGUUACACGACCGAUACAGCGGCGCUCUCACCGGGAACCGACCUCUACGAUCCCUCCACGCGGUUCUAUAGUAACUCCACUGCACAGUUCGUCUGUACCACAGGGCUGAAAUGUUACAUCUUCGGUCUACAGUAACCCUAAAGGAGUUAUUCCAGACUCAGCUGAAGCGGCCGCUCACACGUAGGGUCGGCGUUAAAGCAGCACCUGCUCCCGCCGCCUGCUUCAGCACCCUGAGUCCUGAUGGACGGUCACCGGGUAGAGGGCGGUUUUCUGGCUGGAGAGCCCCUCAGCACUUGGCCAGGAAGCACGCAUUGAGAGGCUUUUGCUCCAAUGACUCCACCGGCAAGGACUCUUCAACAGAGAAGAGAAGAAAGGCGGGCAUCCUGCCCAGCCUGGAGGAUCUGCUGUUCUACACCAUCGCAGAGGGCCAAGAAAAAAUCCCUGCACACAAAUUUACCACAGCUCUUAAAGCCACAGGUCUUCGCACGGGAGACCCCCGGCUGAAAGAAUGUAUGGAGAUGCUGAAGGUGACCUUGAAGACAACCUCAGAUGGAGCGCUGGACCGACACCUCUUCAAAAAAUGUGUCCAGAGCAACAUCGUUUUGCUCACCCAGGCCUUCAGGAAGAAGUUUGUUAUUCCAGACUUCCAGUCCUUCUCUGCUCACAUCGACGAGCUGUACGAAAACGCCAAAAAAAUGUCUGGAGGGCAGGUGGCAGACUAUAUUCCCCAGCUGGCACGCUUCAGCCCAGACCUGUGGGCCGUCGCCCUGUGCACAGUCGACGGACAGAGGCACACUGUCGGCGACACCAAAGUUCCCUUCUGUCUGCAGUCCUGCGUGAAGCCGCUGAAAUACGCCAUCGCCGUUCACGACCACGGCACAGAGUACGUACAUCGCUUCAUCGGCAAAGAGCCCAGCGGCCUGCGCUUCAACAAGCUCUUCCUGAACGAGGACGAUAAACCACACAACCCCAUGGUUAAUGCUGGUGCUAUUGUCUGCACCUCCCUCAUUAAGCAAGGGGCAAGCAACGCUGAGAAAUUUGAUUAUGUCAUGAACUUCAUGAACAAGCUGGCAGGAAACGAGUAUGUGGGCUUCAGCAAUGCCACUUUCCAGUCAGAGCGUGAGUCUGGAGACAGAAACUUCGCCAUUGGCUACUACCUGAAGGAGAAGAAGUGUUUUCCAGAGGGGACGGACAUGACGUCCAUCCUGGACUUCUACUUCCAGUUGUGCUCCAUCGAGGUGACCUGUGAGAGUGCCAGCGUUAUGGCGGCAACUCUGGCCAACGGCGGUUUCUGUCCAAUCACGGGCGAGCGUGUGCUGAGCCCUGAGUCUGUGCGAAACACACUGAGUCUGAUGCACUCCUGCGGCAUGUAUGACUUCUCGGGACAGUUUGCUUUUCACGUUGGUCUGCCGGCUAAAUCGGGUGUGGCUGGCGGGAUCCUGCUGGUCGUUCCCAACGUGAUGGGCAUCAUGUGUUGGUCUCCUCCGCUCGACAAGCUGGGCAACAGCGUCAGAGGCAUCCAGUUCUGCACGGAUUUGGUUUCCCUGUGUAACUUCCACAACUAUGACAACCUGAGGCACUUUGCAAAGAAGCUGGAUCCUCGCAGGGAGGGAGGAGACCAGAGGGUGAAGUCUGUGAUCAACCUGCUGUUUGCUGCUUACACAGGAGACGUGUCAGCUCUCAGGAGGUUUGCGCUGUCCUCCAUGGACAUGGAGCAGAGGGACUACGACUCAAGGACAGCGCUGCACGUGGCCGCCGCUGAAGGACAUGCUGAGGUGGUCCGCUUCCUGCUGGAGGCCUGCAAGGUCAACCCAGUUCCCAAAGACAGGUGGGGGAACACGCCGAUGGAUGAGGCCGUGCACUUCGGCCACCAUGACGUCGUCACCAUCCUCCGCGAUUACCACAAUCAGUACACCCAUCAGGAAGGCAGCACGGCCAAGAAGAACGAAGAGAACCUGGACGGGCUGCUGUGAUGGAGAAUGCGCUGCUCAGGCGUGUGAGGCCGGGCGCUUGCCUCCGCCGGCGAGGGGAAGAGAUCAGGCGGUGCUUUAGACAAAAAACUGGAAAGAUCGCAAGUAGACUCAUCGCUGAAAUAACUGAAAACAAACCUUUACAGUAUCUGUUAGCGCAGCAGCUGCCUCCCUCCGAGUGUAAAUGCUCGUCAUCAUGUUCUCUUUAGGUGUCGUUGGGUUUUUGUAUCGCGUUUGUGUACUCUGAGUGUGGAAGUACUCUUAUUUUCCGUGUUUCAGCUUUUCCGUUGACGGUUCUUUUUAUUCUGAACAUCAGCAACAGGAAGCAGCAGCAGUAUAAAACCUUUGUUAUGGAAUGUAACUCCUCCCCCCCAAACACUUUUUGAUGUGCGUUUGUGAUAAUCGAUGUAAGAUAAACUGUACAUUACUGUAGUGUUUGUGUAUAUUAACCGAGGACGGCGAGUCUCUGUAAAUAGGUGUAAAGAUGUGUAGUCGAUCGGUCUCGUGUGGUGAUGGGUUCAGAUUUGAUGACAGUGUGUGUUUCAGUCAAACUUUUGGAUAGUAUUUGAACCAUAAAAUUAUUCUUCUUAUUUUUUUUCGUAAGCAGUUUUUUAAUGUGGCGACAGAUGAGUUAAAGGGUUUUUUGUUUUUAUUGUUGUUGUUUUUCCACUAAAACUGGAAUUUUCACCCUUCUUUUCUUUUAUUUACUUUAGCAAGCCAGCCAAAGUUCAGUUCCUACUUCGUCUCCUGACCAUUGAAAGCGUUUCUGCAUAUCAGACGCGACACUGCCAGGGCUCCUGCAGGGAGAGUGAAUGACUGUAAACAUGCAAGAAAAUGUUUUUCUUACACUUUGUCUUAGUUUAAAGAAGUCACAGCAGAAAAUGGAUGCACUCAGCAAUGGAGAUAUUUCAAUACUUUUAUUUUGAAAGUCUGUCUAGUGUAUUUCAGUAUGUGGCAUAAACAGUGAGUUGAUUGGUCCCUGUGAGUUGCUUUAAAGUAACUAAGGAGUACUGUGAAAGUUGCUACUACUACUCUU